CUGAACCGCUUCGACCCCAAGUACGCGUCGUUCGGCCCGCGCGCGCGCCGCGCCCGCGCCCCGCCGCGCCGCCGCCCGCGCUCGCCUCCUUCUCGCCGGACAAGUACGCCACGGUGCGGCCCCAGCGGCGCUCCGACCACCAGCCGCUGUCCGCCGCCGCGCUGGAGUACCGCAGCCUGCAGAGACCGCGCCGCGCGCCCGCCGGCCGCCGCCGCCCGCCGCCCGCCGACGCCAGGGACCUGUACGCCGUCACUGAGCUGUAGCGACACCCUCACGACACACUGA